AUGGAUCCUGCUAAGGUUGAGGCGGUAAUGAAUUGGGAGCGGCCAACUUCAGUGACGGAGAUCAGGAGUUUCUUAGGCUUGGCAGGUUACUACUGGAGGUUCAUUAAAGGGUUUUCACAGCUCGCUUUGCCUUCGACCAAGCUGACUUGGAAGGAUGUUCCUUUUGUGUGGACUCUUGAGUGCGAGGAGAUUUUCCUUGCCUUAAAAUCGACUGACCAAGUCAGCUCAUUUUCUGCCUAUUCGGAUAAGAUGUACUAUGGAGGAGUUGGCACGGUUAUACAUAAAGGAGAUUGUGAGUACAUGGCGUACCUUCUACCAUUGUAUCUGAUAGAGAUCCUUGCUUCACAUCACGGUUCUGAGGAGCUUUUCAACGAGCUUUUGGCACUCAAUUAA